CCUUACCACUCUCACUAAAGUCACUCAUUCAUUCAUUUUUUCAGUCACUCUUUUUUUUCAUUCUACGCUAUGCGUUUCACAAACUUUGUUUUGGCAGCUGGCCUUACAGCAACCGCAUUCGCAGCUCCGGUAGCUGUUAGAGAUGAGGAUGAUAGCUGUGUUGCUGAUUACGAUGAGACCACUUCCGCUGCCGUUGUAGCUCAAACCACCCUUCCCUCUUCCUCCGCCGCUGUCGUUGCCGCCACUUCAGUUGCACCAUCAAGCAGUGCCGUCAAGACCUCUGCCGCCGUCGUUGCUUCAUCAGCCGCUAGUCCGGUUGUUGCUAGCUCUUCCGCCGUUUCGUCCGCUGCUGCAGUUGCUAUCCCGGCCUCUUCCUCCCCAGCUGCCUCUUCCUCUCCAGCUGCCGCUUCCUCCAGCAAGGCUGCUGUUGCUGCCGCAUCUAGCAGCGUAGCUGCCGGAAAGUUGCAAUGGAUCGGUGCCAGCGAGUCUGGAGCCGAGUUCGGUCAAACCAACCUCCCAGGUGUUGUUGAGAAGGAUUACACCUUCCCAAACACUACCGCCAUUCAAACUUUGAUUGAUGGUGGCAUGAACAUUUUCCGUGUUCCAUUCCUUUUGGAGCGUAUGGCCCAAAGCAGCAUCACCGCUGACCUCGACGCCACUUACCUUGCUAGCUACAAGGAGGUCAUCGAUUACAUUACCGCUGCUGGUGCAAGCGCAGUCAUGGAAGCUCACAACUAUGGACGUUAUGACUCCGCCAUCAUCACUUCCACCUCCGACUUCGGUGGUUUCUGGGGUAAACUCGCUACCGAGUUCGCCGAUAACUCCAAGGUCAUCUUUGACUGCAACAACGAGUUCCACGACGAGCCCACCGCUACCAUCUACGCUGAGCUUAAUCAAGCUUGUGUUACCGCUAUCCGUGGCGCUGGUGCAAAAUCCCAAUACAUCUUUGUUGAGGGAACUUCUUACACUGGUGCCUGGACCUGGGUUUCAUCUGGAAACUCCGUUUCCAUGUUGAACAUCACCGACCCUGAAGACAAGCUUGUCUACGAAUUCCAUCAAUACCUCGACUCUGAUGGAUCCGGAACCUCUGCCACCUGUGUUAGCAGCACCAUUGGUGCUGAGCGUAUCGCCGAUGCUACCGCAUGGCUCAAGACCAACAACCUCAAGGGUGUCAUUGGAGAAUUUGCUGGUGGUGUCAACGCUGACUGUGAAUCUGCUAUCUCUGGCAUGUUGGAUGCUUUGGCUGCCGAUAACGAGUACUGGUUGGGUGCUUUGUGGUGGGGUGCUGGCCCAUGGUGGGGUGAUUACAUCUACGCUUUCGAGCCACCUACCGGUGCUGCUUACGCCCAAUACUUCGACACUCUUGUCAAGUACGUCGCAUAAACGUAUGUAGAUAAGAUGUAGGAGUAGGGGUUGAAGGAAAAGCCUAUGGCUUAGGAAGUGGUUUUUGAUUCGUCUUGUAUAUAUGUAUAGCAUGGGCCCUUGUGGAGGUGUUUGCUUAAAGGGGGUGUUUUAGUGGAAGACAAAAGAGGGCGGAAUUAAAUCUCAAUCCGUUUCCAACUUUGAAUAUUUUGAUCCAACUUUGUGAUUCAAUGUGUUUGUACAACUAAGUCUUUCAUU